CAUCCAUCUCCCCAUCUCACGUCUCUCAUAUCUUUCUCUCCUUGCCUCCAUGAAGCCCUCCUCCACCUCUGUCGAUGGCUUCUUCUCCUCUCUGACCCACGGCCUCGACGACCUCGACCGUUGCUUCGCCUCGGACAACUUCAUGUCCCUCCAAUUCCUUCAGCGAGCCGUGUCGCUCCUCCGCUCCUUCCAUUCCCAGCUCAUCCAACUGGUCCAGAAGCUCCACCUGCCUGUCGGCGAGAAGUGGCUCGACGAGUACAUGGACGAGAGCUCCCGCCUCUCGGAGGCCUGCCAUGUCCUCAAGAGGGGCGCCUCCAACAUGGAGAGCUACUACCAUUCCACCGGGGCUGACACCAUCUUCUCGCUCGAGGAUGGCUUUCGCCACCUCCAUCCUCAGCUCACCAAACAGGUAAUGCGGGCGGUAUCGGUCUGCCAGAGAGAAGCUGUGAGAGUGGAAGAGGAGAAUAGGGUAUUGGUGGAGACGAGGAUCGAGUCUCUCUCGCUUCGGCUCGAUGAGAAAGUGCCGGUGGAAUCCAAGCUCCAUGGAUUCGAUGGAUUCAGGGGAGCUCUCUAUGCAAUGAGGAGGGUCGGCUCUUUUCUCGUCAUGCUCCUGCUGUGGGGAUUGGUCUGCUGGUGGCAAUAUCCGAGCCCCAGCGGGGUGGCAGCCAUUGAAGGUUCGGUCUUCUUUGGGUCAGGGUUCAUGGUGGCGAUGGCGAGAUUGCAGCAGAGGGUGGUGGGGGAGAUGGAGAGGAUGGACCGCCGGCCGGGAAUUCUGAUGUACGAGUUCCGGAGGGUGAGAGCCGGCUUGGAGGAGCUGGAGAGGAGUAGGGGGUGUGAAGAUGGAGGAGAAGGGCUCAGGGAGAGGGUGGAGGGCUUGAAGUUGUGGUUUGGGCUGUUGAGAUCUGGAACUGAGAAUAUUACUGGGCAGCUGGACGACUUUUUCGAUGAGAUUGUGGAAGGGAGAAAGAAGCUGCUGGACAUAUGCAGUCAGAGGUAGAGGGAAGUGUUAAAA